AACCCUCUCUCUCUCUCUGAUCGCCGUUACCAAAAAGCUAACUACUUUGAGCUUUGAAGGACUCAAAGCACUGAGCUUUCUCUUGCUUCUGAAUCUUUGUUGGAUCCCUCUCUCUGAGUCUGUUCAUGUAAGCACUUCUCAUCUGUUUCAUUCUCUCCAGGUCAUCUCAAACUCAUUCUAUGCCAGACUUGGUUUGGUUGGAAACUUCUAUCAGACUUUAAACAGAACCAAGUUGUUUGCUUUUACUGCCUGUAUUGAAGUUUUGGGUAUAAGUUAGAUCUGGGUUAGGCUAGCUUUUCAUUAAUGGGUCAUUGAUGAAAGAUAAAUUUAACUCAUAGGGGUGCCUGAAUUCGUUUAGACGUUGCAUAAAUUUCAUUGCUUGAAAGCUACUUUCACUCCUUGUUCAUCUGGGGCUUGUUCAUUUUCAACUAACACAUGCCUAUAUAGCCUUCCUAGCUAAGCUUAUUCAAAGGUUUGAUAUUUAUGCACUUUGCUUGAUACCCAUCUUUUAGUACUGCAUCUUUUAGUACUGAAACUUAUUAAGACCCUGCUUUGAUGUUCUUGGUUUGCUUAUUGAAAAGGUGUUUCUGGAUUGAUUAUGGAGCCUCCUUGCCCUUCUGCAGCUCUGUAAUCUUUGGGUGAUUGGUGGGUUUUGGUUUGGUAAUCAACCUUGGGUUUCUGAGGUGAUAGAUACAUUGUUUGAGGUUUUGGGUUUCUAAACCAGAUAUUAGUUGGUUAAGGAAUCACUAAAUGAGUAUGAGGAAGUAUAUGAAUCACCAUUCUGGAAGGGUAAUUGGUGAUAGGGUUUGGGUCCUUCCAUUCAUUGCUAGCUUUGUCAUAUUCAUUACUCUCCUUUUCUCAGUCAUUUCUGGGCUGUUUACUUUGCCACAUAAUAAAGAGGAGUUGCCAACCGACAUUGUUUCCUUUUCAAAAUCUGAUGACUCUGCUGGGGGGUAUUUUGUUGAGUCUGAUUUGAAAAGAUCAUUGGAACAGAAUAGAUAUUCGAGAGCAGGAGCUCCUAGAUUGGCGUAUCUUAUAUCAGGUACAAAGGGGGAUAGUCAUAGAAUGAUGAGGACUUUGAGUGCUGUAUAUCAUCCAAGAAAUCAGUAUGUUCUGCAUUUGGAUCUUGCGGCUCCACCUCGAGAAAGAUUGGAACUUGCAAGUUUAGUCAAGGCUGAUCCUACAUUUAGUGAAGUAGAAAAUGUGCGUGUUAUGGCUCAAUCCAAUUUGGUUACAUACAAGGGCCCUACCAUGAUUGCUUGUACCCUGCAAGCGAUUUCCAUUUUGUUAAAGGAGAGCUCAGAGUGGGACUGGUUUAUAAACCUCAGUGCGUCGGAUUAUCCUCUAAUAACACAAGAUGAUUUGCUUCAUUCCUUCUCUAAUUUGUCUAGAGAUAUCAAUUUCAUCGAAAAUAUGCGGAUUACUGGGUGGAAACUUAAUCAAAGAGCUAAACCAAUCAUCAUUGAUCCUGGCCUGUAUCUAUCAAAAAAAUCUGAUCUUGCAUGGACCACUCAGCGUCGUUCACUUCCCACCUCAUUCAAGUUGUUCACAGGUUCAGCAUGGGUAAUGCUGACGCGACCGUUUGUUGAGUAUUGUAUAUGGGGAUGGGAUAACCUCCCUCGUACGAUCCUUAUGUACUAUACAAAUUUUGUUUCCUCUCCAGAAGGCUAUUUUCAUACUGUGAUUUGUAACAAUGAGGAAUAUCGCCACACCGCAAUAAGCCAUGAUCUCCACUACAUUGCUUGGGACAGCCCUCCAAAGCAGCAUCCAAUCUCCUUGUCAAUGAAGGACUUCGAAAAAAUGGUAAAGAGCAAUGCUCCUUUUGCACGAAAAUUUGCAAAGAAUGAUCCAGUCUUGGAUAAAAUAGAUAAAGAACUUCUAGGUCGAACAAGCCGUUUUGCUCCCGGAGCAUGGUGUAUAGGUAACUCAGAAGGUGGAGCUGACCCUUGUUCAGUACGUGGUAAUGAUUCAGAUUUUAGGCCAGGUCCUGGUGCUGAGAGGUUUGAAGUGUUGCUUCAGACAUUGUUGUCUGAAGAAUUUAGGAAAAAGCAAUGUUUAUGACAGAGGUAAGAAUUGGAAUAUUAAAGUGUACAUUAGUGUAUCAAUAGAUCACAGGGCGGAUUUAAAAUGGCAAAAUUUGUUUCCGAAUAUAUCAACAGAAUAUGCAA